AUGUCUGGCCAACCGCCCGCCCCUCCUGUACCGCCGGCUGCCAACUAUGCCGUUCAGCCAGCAGCGUCGCCUGUGGCUCCCCCUCCAGCAGGCGCACCCGCAGCCGCGCAGGGAACUGGCACCUCAAUGUCCAACCAGAAUCUCAACCAAAUAGUUACAGAUUAUCUCUUAAAAAGAGGGUUCAAUAGAACAGAAGAGGUCUUCAGACAAGAGUCGAAGCAUCUUGGUGCAGAUGGAAAGCCUCUGCAGCAGAUGGCCAAUAUUGGCCCCAAAAAGUACGGCAUCGCCUUUAAUAACCUUAAAGAAUGGGUGGAAAAUAACCUGGAUAUCUAUAAGUAUGAGCUGUCCAAGUUGUUAUGGCCCGUAUUUGUCUAUUCUUUUAUGGAGCUUGUGACUCAAGGCUAUACGGAAGAGGCCAAGGCGUUCCUCAAGUUGGGGGAGUACUUCAGGCGUUCCCACGACGACGAUCUUAAGACACUCGGCGGUAUCACCUUGCCUCAGCACGUCUCUGAUAAUGCCACUACCAAGCUCUACAAGGAGAACAAAUACCGGAUCCCGCUUAAUGAACAUGCGCUUAGUGAUCUGUUUAACUUCAUGGAGCGGGAAUCGCAGAAGGGUGGCCCAGUCAUUCGUCAGUUGCUUGUUGAGCAUUGCGAGGUCGACUCCACAAGCCGAGGUCCUAUCACUCCCUACAGUUUUGAAGCAGUCUAUCGCAAGUCUAGAAACAUUGAGCUCGACGCAGCUGAUAUCAACGAGGGUAUUCCUGGAGUCAAGAUCGGUCUAGCAAAUAGGGAUGUGUUAGACUCAGCAACUCCCCUGACCUUGGGCCCCCUGCCCAUGGACCCGGACCUAAAAGAGGAUGUCCGGGCCGAGAUUGAGGAAGAGGAGGCCAGGCAUCCCCCUCAGCCUGGGCGCAGUAUCCUGGAAGAACUGGACCAAAAGAUCAAGAGAGAAGAGAGUGCCGACGCCCCUACCAGAGCCGACCUUCCCCUGCCCCCGUCAAGACCUCGAGACAUCUUGCUCGAAAUGUCGAAGCUCCGUGAGAACAGAGACCGGUUCAAGAUCGAAGGUCGGACUGGGGGGUCAGGUGUUCCAGUCAGUGCGUGCAUGUUCACCUUUCAUAAUACGUUGGGGACGGUUGCAUCCAUGGACUUCUCAAAUGACGGAACAAUGGCAGCCGCAGGUACCACUGAAUCCUAUAUCCGCGUGUGGUCGCUGGACGGAAAGGCUUUGCCCUCUUCUAACCCCCAUGACAAGGACGCAAAGUUCAACAGCCGCAAAUUGAUUGGGCAUUCUGCCCCAGUAUAUGAUGUGUCUUUUUCUGAUGCUGCCUCCGGACCACCCCAGAAGCUCUUCGGUGAUGAGGGCACCAAGAACUCUGCAAUGGACCCGCGACCAAAGCUUCUCCUAUCAUGCUCCGCGGACGGCCAUCUUCGGCUGUGGUCUCUCGAGUCAUGGACUUGUCUCUGCCUCUAUAAAUCACACGACGGACCCGUCCAUAGGUCAGUGUGGGGUCCCCACGGCCACUACUUCUUGAGCGGUGGUUAUGACAAGGCAGUUCGAGUUUGGAUGCAAGACCACGCUUCGCCGCAGCGCCUCCUCGUCGGCCACGACACCGCCAUAUCCGCCAUAGCCUGGCAUCCCAACGGACUGUAUGUAUUCUCGGCAUCCGACGAGACUGACAAGUCAAUCCGCAUGUGGUCAGUGGUGACAGGAUCCUGCGUUCGCGUCCUCAGUGGUCAUGUUGACUACAUCAGCGCCCUUGAGUGUGCACCAAACGGCAAGAUUCUUGCAAGUGCCGACGCCGCCGGCAACAUCAUGUUCUGGGACAUUGAGAAGGGCACGCGUAUCAAGCGCUCAAGAGGCCACGGCAAGGGUGGUAUCUGGUCUCUGAGCUUUAGCAUGGAGUCAAAUGUGCUUGCCUCGGGAGGCCAGGAUGGAACAGUUCGCAUGUGGGAUGUUGAGCUCCCCGCAGACCCCCAAAAGGUCGCGCAGCAAGUUGGACUGGAUGCCGGGACUACGGCUCCGGAUGCCGCUGGUGCGAAUGCGGAUGCAGCCAGGCCAGCCACGACGCAGCCAGCAAGCGCCGCCCCAGCAACUGGCACUCAUAAGAAGAAGAGUAAGGAGGUUCAAGUGACGCCAGAUCAGAUCAGCUCAUUCCCGACCAAGAAGACGCCGGUGAUGAAGGUGAAGUUUACACGGAUGAACUUGGUCAUCGUUGGAGGUUGCUAUGAUCCUGAGCGCUAG